AUGCAUCGUCUCACGCCGCAUCCCUCUCCCACUUCGCUGCUGUUGAUUGGUUGGCGUUGAGUGACGAGGAUGGUUCUAAGGGUCGUCGUCACCCUCUGCAUGGCUCUCAUGGCGAUGCUCUCGCCUCGAUGCACCGCCACUUCGCCUUACUAUGGCAACCCGCCACCGACCCCCGUGGCUAAGCCUCCUUCCGCUUCUCCGCCACCCUACCACCACCACCACCUUCCAGUUCCGCCGGAGCACCACCCUCCAAAGUACCACCACAGAGCACCACCAACACCGCCCAGCCAUGGAGCGCAGCCUCCAGUCUACUAUCACCCACCGCCAACCGCUGGUGCGCCCCCGCCGCAUCACCACCACCACCACCACCAUCAUCAUCACCACCACCAACCUACUCCUUCACCACCGACUCACGUCGGACACCCUCCGUACGACCACAGUUCUCAUCCACCGCCGCCGAGCCAUGCCCAUAUGCCUCCGUAUGGCCGGCACCCGCCGCCUCCGUCACAUGGUUAUCCCGUCCCUCCAACUCACAAGCCCCAGACUCCGCCGCCGUCGUACAAGUCUCCACGACCACCGCCGGCACCAUCGGUCCACCACCCUUGCCCUCCGUUGAUGCCGCCCCACCAUCCUACGUACCCGCCAUCACAUCCUACGCCGACGCCACCGCCUGUCCACAAGCCCCUUCCUCCGCCCGUUUACCACCACAACUCUCCUCCACCACCAGUUUACGUUUAUCCGCCAUCACCAACUCACAUGCCCCAUCAUCAACAGCCGCCGCCGCCACCGCCACCAUACAAGACCAUCCCCGAGCAUUCUCCCCCGCCGCGUCACGAUCACUCUUCGCCGCCGCCACCACCACCGCCAUACAACUAGUCUUGUGCUUGAAUGCUUGCAUUUCAAUCUUCGUAAAUGUUAUCUCUUUACCGAAUGAUGCAGUGUCGUUUGUAGCGAUCAGGGUUGCAAAUAAGGAGCGCCAUGCCGUGCCAAAGUUGCGAUUAGGGAAUGUGAAGGUUGUGUGCCUCCGGAGGAGCGUUUCUUGCAGUGUAGUCUGUAAACCGCUCUCUCCAUGUUUGGGUUUCUCGA